AUGUGUUUCACAUCACACACCGAGUUCUACUCCUGCGCGCACAGAGUCUGGUACAAUCACCUCCCCUGCGCAAGACAGCGCGAGUUCUCAGGACUCAGGCCUUGCGUACCGACUCCGAAACCGGACGUGCAUCAUCAUCACGAGUGCCCGGAGUGCCGCGAGCGCAAGAAAGAAGGACUUCCCCCAGAGCCCCUACAAUUGACUGCUGCCGAUACUCCACCGCAUGAGCCAGAGGUCAAGUGCACGGCUGGAGCGUUCAGCAGCACCAAACUUCGAACCAGUACUCUAGCUCAAGAUCAAGUUCCAAUAACUUCCAACCGUCUUCAACAACCAAUCUUGUCGAAACCAGCCGUUUCAAACCCGACUUUUUCAAACCCACCUCUGAGCACACAUAAUCCUUUACUCUUGACCGACUUGUCAACGACCUUCGACUUGAAGCCCGCCUAUCCUACUUUACUACCUCCACUACGAAAGAAACCGUCUGCGAUUGUCACAAUGGGCGUCACAUACUACAGCGUCUACUUGCUUUGUUUAUGCGGGAAGCAGGACGAGGAAUACCUAGAUGAGACCAUAUCGCAUCCCUCAGAGGACCCCAAUAUAGAAAACGGCACCGAAAUUCUAUAUCACAUGCAUGGAUGCUCCGAUUGCCAGGCACGAGUCGAAGCGGGAGGCGAAAAUGUGAUCCAGAGGAUUAAGGAGCUUCUCAAAAACACAGAAACCGGGACGCGAGUCGGAGACCGACAUCGCAACUGUGAAGACUGUAAAAGCGUCGCAGAGCUCGUGAACCCUGUUUACAAGGCGCUGGGCAUAUCUGAAGAGCUGCAGGAUAGCGAUGCCGGUAACGUUUCUUCAUCGGAAGCAGGUCUUAUGAUGGCAGCCGGCAAAGGGAAGAAGAAGGCUGCUGGGUCUUCUUAGGAGUCGUGGAUGCAGGGGUGCAUUUUGUGGACCGAUUUCUUUUUUUCGAGGCUUUAUGUCUCAUGAUCGCAUAUCUUUCACCAACACGUCCGUAGGAUAUGUCUAGAUCGAGUCUUUCUUUCUUGUUUUCGGGGGCAGAUGGUGGAGUUUGUGGGCCAUUUCAUUCAUACAUACCUGUGUUCCUCCUACAUAUUUGUCUGGUACCAACACGUCUUUAGGGCGUGUCUAGAUCGAGUCUUUCUUUGUUACUUGUUUGGCGAUGGAGGUGCUAGGGAGGAGCUUUGUCUUGUUUCCAGUCUCAAUACUCUCUUUAAAUAUGAGAACGAUUCCAUAUGGCCUGGAAAUGUGGACGCGUGAUGAUGAUAUGAC